GUUGUGGUGUGUGUAUGUGUGUGUGCGUGUACGCGGCUGGGGAUCAUUGCGAAAGCGACCUGAUCAGACUUGUACAGUGUGUGUGAGCAACCCGACCCCGCUGCUCGUCUCUACCCAGAGCAAAAGAGAGAUGGGGACCCAACGCAUCGGGGGGAGGUGAACAGCAAGGGGGGCGGGGGGGGGAACAAGACAACACAUGCACAAACACAACCAGAGAUGGGACCCAUGUCUGCUGCACCUGGACCUGCUGCUGCCCAGGAAGAAACAACAAACAAGAAAAAAAGAAAUUGAAGAAAGAUUUGGGGGGAAGUGAAAAUCAUUCUUGAUCAUACUAAUAAUUUGAAAAGUCACUUCUCCGGUCCUCCCACCUGCCCCCCUCCCCAAAUAAAAAGCUCAACAGAAGAAUUGGUCGUUGUUGCAAAGAGAUCCUAAGGAAGUCUGGGUUAAAAAAGAAACAGAAACACGCAUAUAGGGCUGGAUCGUGCACAGAGCGGCCAUCUCGGCUGGAAGCAAUUCUUUUGGGUUCGCAUCCAUGGAGUUACUUUGUAUCCACUCCUAAGAGGAGGGUGUCAUCUUCGGAUCCAGCAGGGGGGUUAUUCCCCCCCCCCCCUCCUCGCAAUGAUACCAGAUUGAUCGUGCAAAGGGGCUUUCCUGAUCGUUUCAAUCGCUGGACCAUCCCCCCGCCCCCUCUCCACACUCCUCUUUUGUAACCUGAGGGACAGUCUCAACUCUUUGAGGACACUCUCCCGGCAAAGGAAUAACCUCCAGCUGUCUCAAGUCUCUGCUUCUCUGCCCUGACCCUUUUCAAGCACCUCCUACCUCAUGAGGACCUGCCUCCCCGGCCAGACUUUACCACCAGGACCUAAAAAAUGGAAGAGAAACGACGAAAGUACUCAAUCAGCAGUGAUAACUCAGACACCACUGACAGUCAUACGACAUCAGUGUCAAGAUGCUCCAAAAUUCCAAAUACAAAAUCCAACUGGUCAAGACAGAAGGAGAAGAAGCCCUCUGAGGUUUUUCGUACCGAUCUGAUAACAGCCAUGAAAAUCCCUGACUCACAUCAGUUGAGUCCAGAUGAGUACUACAUACUUGCCGAUCCCUGGAGACAGGAGUGGGAGAAAGGAGUCCAAGUUCCAGCGGGAGCAGAGGCGAUACCUGAACCAGUGAUUAGGAUUACGCCCCUGCUAGAGGAGUCUCCUCCACAGGUUUCCCCAAGCAGUCUGUCUGUCUCUGAGAUUUCGGAGGUCCACAGGACAUGCUCACAGGGAGUGAUCCGCUACGACUUGGAUGAGAUUGACGCUUGCUGGCUGGAGCUUGUGAACAUGGAGUUAAGGGAGAUGGAAAAGCCACCGCUGGAUGAGAUCACCUUGGAGAGAGUGCUGGAGGAGCUGGAGACGAUGUGCUACGAGAACAUGAACAGUGCCAUUGAGACGGAGGAAGGCCUGGGCAUUGAGUACGACGAGGACGUGGUGUGCGAUGUGUGCCGGUCCCCGGAGGGAGAGGAUGGCAACGAGAUGGUUUUCUGUGACAAGUGCAACGUCUGCGUGCACCAGGCUUGCUAUGGAAUCCUAAAAGUUCCCAUUGGGAACUGGCUUUGUCGAACCUGUGCCCUUGGAGUUCAGCCAAAGUGUCUACUUUGCCCGAAGAGAGGGGGAGCUUUGAAACCCACCCGGAGCGGGACAAAAUGGGUCCAUGUUAGCUGUGCCUUAUGGAUCCCAGAAGUUAGCAUCGGAUGCCCGGAAAAAAUGGAACCCAUUACAAAGAUCUCGCAUAUCCCAGCAAGCAGAUGGGCUUUGUCCUGCAGUCUCUGCAAGGAGUGCACUGGAACGUGUAUUCAGUGUUCCAUGCCCGCCUGCAUCACUGCAUUCCACGUCACUUGCGCUUUUGACCACAAUCUGGACAUGCGGACUAUUUUAGCGGAGAACGAUGAAGUGAAGUUCAAAUCCUUCUGCCUUGAGCACAGCAGUGGGGCCACCAAACCUCCAGACGAGGCACGAGCAGAGGCAGACCAAGCCCAGCUGGACUUGGAAAAGGUCACGCUGCGAAAACAGAAGCUCCAGCAGUUGGAAGAGGAUUUCUAUGAACUUGUAAAGCCCUCCGAGGUAGCCGAGAACCUCGACUUAACUGAGUCGCUGGUGGAUUUCGUUUAUCAGUACUGGAAGCUGAAGAGGAAAGCGAAUUGCAACAAGCCACUGCUGACACCAAAAACAGAUGAAGUGGACAACUUGGCUCAGCAAGAACAGGAUGUGUUGUACCGACGCUUAAAGCUCUUCACACAUCUCAGGCAAGACUUAGAGAGGGUUAGAAAUCUCUGCUACAUGGUGACGAGGCGGGAGAAAAUGAAACACUCCAUUUGCAAACUUCAGGAGCAGAUCUUCCAUCUCCAGAUGCAACUGAUCAAGAAGGAUCUUUAUCCAGAACAAACUGGGAAGAGAACAAAGGGAAAGAAAAGUGACCCCAAAAGAAAAGGAAGAGAUGGUAGAAAAAGUAGCCCUGAGAAGAAAGAAAAAAGGAAACCAGGGAACGACUCAGUCUUGGGACAGCUGGGUUUGUCAACUUCCUUUCCCAUAGAUGGGACCUUCUUCAAUAGCUGGUUGGCCCAGUCAGUUCAGAUUACCACUGAGAACAUGCCAAUGAGUGAGUGGUCCUUGAACAAUGGCCACCAUGAAGACAACACUCCAGGCCUUUCAGAGGAGCUUUUACAAGAUGAAGAGACCUUGUUAAGUUUUAUGAUGGAUCAUUCGUUGAAGUCACCAUUCAAGCAUAGUGAUGCAACAAAGAAAGUUAAAAACAAAAUGAGAAUGAACACUAAGAAAAAACUGUCAAGAAAUGACUUGAACACAAUCUUCAGGAGUCACCAAGAGGAGGAUUCAAAUCAGUGGACUAACAACACGAAUAACUUAUCAAAUGAUACCACAGAGCCCUUCGCCCAUGAUGCAAGACCUAGCAAAUCAGAGAAAGGAACGGUGAAACUUCACAUGGAUCGCAAAGGGGCCAGUGAAAUAAAAAAGACAGCUAAGAAGGGAUCUUCACAUCCUGUUCCAAAAGCAAAUGAUUCUCAUGCCUCAUUGUGUCUGAGAAGCUCCUUAAGCAAUGAGGAGGAGACAGUGAAUUGUACUCAGUGUGAGUCCAGUUCUCUGACUAAAGUGCCUGACUCAGUAGGUAGUCUGAAAACGGUAGUGAGGUUCAAAUUACCAAAGGAGAGCAGAGGGACUAAGAGGUCACAGAUCCAGAAGCCUGACACCGUUAACGGGCCUCCAGUCAGUGAAAAGUCAAAGGUCAUCUUGCAUCAUUUUGACAAUGAGACUGAUGGCUAUUUUUCUGAUGCAGAGAUGAGCGACUCCGACAUGGAAUCCGGUAGUGGCAGAGUGCAACAUAACCAAUUAGAUUCAGGAAAUGAGGAUAUUGUCAGAAUGAGUAUUUUGGCAUCAUAACUCCACCAGAUUUACCAACUGUGACAGUUCUAUGAAGCCUAAACCCAGUUACAACUGCCAUGUUCAAUUUUUGCCUGGUAUCAUAACAAAAGGGUUUUUUAAUAUGUAUAUAUAGUUUAAAAUUCAGCACUGUGGUCUUUCUCUUCUCUGUAUGCCUGAGAUACAGCUUAACCAUCACCAACAUAGAUUACUGUAACAGUAGUUGUCCCUUCUUAGUUAACUUGCAUAUCCCAGUUAAAAGAAAUGCAAGCAUGCGCAUUAAGGGACUUGUGCUUGCAGGCAAUGAGCAAGACAUCCUAGAUUCUUAAUAAAGAGGUUUAAUUUUGCCAGUAUCCGUUGUUUCUGCAGGGAUGACAGUUUUAUGGGCAUUAUUUAAAGACAGACAGAUUUCAUGCUCUGCCUGGGAUUAUUGCCCCUGUAUGUCAGGGUAUUGGGGUACUAUGAGAACCACCCACACACACAGAACUUACUGAAAAAGUCACUAUCUGUCCGUGUGUUUGCGCGCGCACAAGGAAGUAAAAUAAGCGAUACUAAAAUAUUUUUUUUUUAAAAAGCACAAAAAGCUUAUUUGAAGAAAGCACUUAUGGGUGGAGGAAAACAACAUUCUAUUUAUAUUUUAUUAAAUCCUGUGUUUUUUCUCACCUUCCAGUUUGAUCAGAAUCCGUCCAGGGGCCAAGAACCAAGAUUUAGCCCUGCCACUACAUCUGUCAGAGAUAGUCGGCAGCACUGUAAACAGUCAUCAAAGGCUUUCAGUAGAUAGAAGAGACACAUAUCUGUAUUAGAGCUGCAACGCUAUCUACAAAUAUUCCUCCUGAGUAGCUCUGGGUAUUUAUUGAUGUUAUGUAAACCUCGGAGGUCCUUUGAACCCUUUAAGGUUAUUUGAAAAUUUUAAGUGAUUUACUCAGGUUAAUUGAUUAGCCUUUACCAAAACAUUUGGGCCAAAAUGGAGCGGGAUGGAGGGGGAAAAAUGUCUUCAAAAACAGGAGGGUUGUAAAAUAUCAAAUCAGUUUGGCAAAAGAGCUGAUGCCAGCACUUCAUCAUUAAUGGUUGAAAUUACAUUCAGCUGUGCUGGGAGCUGUACAUUCGAGCCCUGUGGGACUACUUUUAAUCCUGGUUCCGUCCUGCCCUGCAACACCCACUCCCACUUGCUUCCUCUAUUAUGGCAGUGGGACCCACAAGAUCCCAGUCCCACUGCAGGGUUCUAUACUAGUCCCACGCAGGGCUCUAUUGUACAUGUAAACUCACCAUGCACGACAGCCAUUUUGUUGUUCUACUAAAUACCAUAACUAAAACAAUAAAUUUAUCCCUCCCCAUCCUUUUUUUUAUUCUUUGAAUCCUAGUUACAAGCUGUUGACUUGAUGUAGGAGGGUGAUUCACAAAAGCUGACAUUAUAAAUAUUAUAAUAAUUUAAUGCAUAAAAUGUCCCCUAUAAGCCUUAAAUGUCGUUUAAAAGCCCAUGUUACCUAUGAGUCAGGCGAAUUUCCAUGUUUGCACUUAAUUGCACCAUUAUUUCAGUUUUGGCUUCAAAGGUCACAGUUAAAUCGUACCGCGUGUUUUAUUGGAGUGACCCCAGUGUGAGCUCAGGGAACAAAAAACAAACAAACAAAAAAAGGAAUUCACUGAAACUUUUUUCUGUUGUUUUUUAAAAAUAAAAAAAAAAAAACCUGGGACACUUCUGCAACUGGUAAAACCCAUCCCUUUAAACACAAAAACAGAUGAAUCAGUCAAAUAAUUUUGUGUAUGCCAAAGAAUAUUUUGACAAUAAAGCAGCACAGCCAGAAACCGGAAACUUGUCAUUUGGAAAAAUUGGAAGUUAUUUAGCAACAAAGGACUAGAGACACAUUCAUGACACAAAACUGAGGUGUUAGUUUCCAAGCUUGCUGAGGGGGGAUGCUUCUGUCACUGAAGCUGCGCCCUGCUGUUUUGAUUUCUGAUGCUUUUUACUCAUUUGACUCUGAGCUUUCUUUAAACUCUGUGACUCCGAAAAUUGACUAUCGUAGCGUUUUUAAAUCUUCAAAAGUCCUUCUGAUCAAUUCUUAUCAAAUUAUUAUCAGAUUGCAGUGAAAUUAAUAAGAUUGGCUAAUUCCAAAAAAUCAACUCUAAAACCAAACGUACCUGGGUGUUUUCCUCAUUUGAUACAUUUUAUACAAAUUAUUGUCGAAAAAGAAGAAAAAAAAGGAACCACCUAAAAACGUUGUUAUAAAUUAGCAUAAUCCGCUGAGGUUGGAAACUAAAGUCUGCUCAUUAAUUAAGGCUCAGUAUGUUCAGAUAAUGUUAAAUACAGUAAAUAGGACUUAGUUUAUCUUAUCAGGCUUGCUAGCUUUAGCUACAGUAUCCUAGUAUAAGAGUCAUAACAAUAAUCAAUAUGCUGCCUUUUAAUGAAUCUUGCUUCCGUGUGCUUCACUUCAACUAUGGUAAAAAAAAAAAAAACAGACACAAAUCUCACUGUACACAGCUUCACUCAUUAGCUUCUGCAUUCCUUGCUUGCUCAGUACAGGAGAGCAAAAGGGGAUAGACUUUAAAGAACAACCAAACGAAAGUGGCACCAUAUUUCUGUUGAUUCCGAUGCAGCACUGUGAUACACUCCAUUGUUACUGUGAUCAGGAAGUAGUUCAAAACCAAAAAAAAAAAAAGAACAGUUCAAAACAGCCACAACAAGACUUUAGGCAUUGUGAUUUGUGAUCAGGGACUAAAACUGCACACAGAGGGGCCAAAUUUGGCCUGUUUGUAUGUAAAAUAAGAACAAGAGAAUGAGAGGAAACUAACAGAGAAGAGCUUAUCAGAAUUACUGGGAGAGAAGAAUCCAGAAGAGUAUUACCAGGCAGUGGCAGAACAUGUAUCUGGUAUACACACUCUAUGAGAGCGCUCAGUACUGUAUGUAGAUGCUGAAUCCGUUGUCUUUUGGCUUGAGUUAACUAUUGACAUUUUGUAUAAUUGCUGUGGGAUUCAUUUGAGUGGAUUCUUUGAUUUAUUAGAACCAGUAAUAAUAAUCCCUAGAGUGUCCUGGUUUAACAGAAGAGCUCUAGAGAUAAUUUGAGGGCUAAGACAUGUUCCCAGCGGCACCCAUACUGCACCAUUGAUGUCCAUGUACAGAUGCCCAUACAGUAUUCUACUCCAUACAUUUAGUGGGGGCCACACUAAAAUAGACUUACAGAGGCUGUUUUGCUCAAGAUGUCUAGGAAAUCUCCAGACCUCCACUGGCCACCUGCUAUUGCUUCCAAAGGCGUGAGAAUUGACAGCAGGCUGGCUGGCUAACAACGAAAGAGGUUAUCAGGGAAGAGGUGGAUUCCAGCAGGGGAAAGGUAGGACAGAGGCAUUCACUGUGGGCAGGAGGCCAGAUCUAACCCCACCUCCAAUCAGGACCAAGGCCAUUUCACAGCCAUUCCAGUGGCCCCACCAAAGCCCUGGAAACCUAGCUACUAUAUUCAGUCAUUAGACACCUGGUUCCUAAGAAACACUCCACAUGCCCUUUGUUCCUAUGCCACCUACUUAUUUCAUAACAGAAAUGUUAAUAAUUAAGGAAAGAAAAAUGUACAAGGAAAAUAUUUUUGAUGUAUUGUAAAUGUAUUUUGAAAUGAUUAGAAAGAAAAAAGUAUAAUGGUUUAUUUUAUUAAACAGAUGUCUUUAAGAUGAUAUAUAACUGCAGGAGUUGAUAUUUGCACUGUAAAAGGGACCUGUUUCCUUUGAAAAGCACCACCACACUUGUGGGUUAAUGUGAUGAUGCACGUAGGCUCUGAUCAACGCUCAUUUCUAAUUCAUAGAGAACAACCCAAAUUAGUGUUAAAGCAUUGGUGCCCAUUGGAGUUUCCUGAAGACAAUUCUGAGUUCACACAUUCAUUUUUCACCCCAUAUAAUUUUGCUCUUCUGGAUAAGCUGUAUUGGGGAUAUUUUGCACCUUUAUUUAUUUUUAUUUUUAAAUGUCUAAUAUUUGGAUGACACUUUCCCUCAAAGCACAAUAGAGAAUUAGCCAUUUCAACACAAGGGGGAGAGAACAGAAGAUUUCUCUCACUUUUUGUAUUGUUAGUAUUUUAGUGAACCCAUCCUGGUGUUAUCCACAUCAGCCUAAGGACUAGCAACUCGUCAUGAAGGAACUUCUCUGUCUAUUGCCAGGGCAGUGUGUUAAUUUUGGUUGUUCUUUAAGGAAAUUCCCAUGUACUUUGCUCCAUUCCACACACGAAACAGACCCGCUUCACAUCAGUUACAGGAAACUAUAUGAAUGUCACAGGAGGAGAAAUCCUUCUGUUUUCUUUGUUUCAAAGAACGUGAUGUGCCAUUUGUUAAUAUAAAAGAGAAAUAUUGAAAUAUAUUGAAAAGAGCAAUUUUAAAUUAUUUUUGGCUUAUGUUGCAAUAUUUAUUUUCUUGUAUUAGAAAUUCCUUUGUAGAGAAAAAAAUGUAUUUUUCAUUAAUGCAAAAACCUAUUUCUCCUUUUUGUACAUUUUCCAUGUUAGUUAAUCCUUAAAGCAAUAUAAUGUAUCAAACUUGUUCCGUGUGAAACUGUAUUAUGCAUGCUGUUUGUGUUGCCUUGCAAUAGCUCUGUCUGCCAUUCUUUUCAUCAUGUUUAGAUUUAGUGUAUGCUUUAAUACACAUUGGGACCAUGGCCCAUUGCUUAUGGACAAAACUUUGCAUUCCUCAAUGUGUUGGCAAAUGCAGUCAAUAAAGCAGUGUUUUAUGUGUA